CCUCCCACUCUCGAGCCCCCCCAGGACAUCCAUCAAUCCAUCCAUCCCCUUCUCGACCUCGCGCGCCGUCUCUGCCGCGAUCUCUGCCCCCGACCCCCAAUCCCCAAAUCGCCGUUUCUCCCCUGCUCCCUGCUUCGGAUCGCGGUCAAACCCCAUCCCGCUGCUCCGGCCCCACCCCGGAAUCCCCCUCGAGUUUGGCGCCGGCUCGACUCCGCGCGCAAUUCGGGGGCCGGCCGGAUCGGGGGUGAGAAAUUCGGGCUUCCGAGGUUCCGCCUGCCUGUCCCCCGGCGGCGGGUUCGCUCGAGGGUAUAGGUGGUGAGGGUUUCAGGCGAGUUUCGGAUGGCACCGACGAGGUGCGUGCCCCCGCGGAUCUAGGGUUUCGGCGCUAGCUAGGGUUACCGGCGAUCUGGUGAUGGUGCGGCGCGGCGCCGGAGGGAUCGGCGGCUGGGGAGGAGAUGCAGCGCUGCCGUGCGCGGAGGUGGCGGUGAGCGGUGCGGCGGCGACAGGCGGCGUCUCGUCCGGCACAUGUGGCCAGCAGCAACUCGCCUAGAGGCAGCUCUACCAUCAGCACACGGACCAGCUUCUGCUCCAACUUGCGGCUCGUCUGUUCAUCCACCGGUGACGAUCUCUCACGCUCCGGCGCCGACAACUCCCCCAGCUGCGGCGCAGAAGCGGGAGUUCGUCCGUUCUCCACGGCCGGUCUCGCCUGACUCCUUCAUAAAGGACGGACGGGAGAUCCGUGUCGGCGAUUGUGCUCUUUUCCGUGCUGUUGAUGUUCCUCCUUUCGUUGGAUUGAUACGUUUGAUUGAGAAACAGCAAGGAGGCUAUCCCAAGUUACGUGUAAGUUGGCUUUAUAGACCUGCCGACGUUGAGCUCAACAAGGGCAUACAGCUGAACGCUGCUCCAAACGAGAUCUUCUUCUCUUUCCACCAGGACGAAACAUCUGCGGUCUCACUGCUCCAUCCUUGUAAAGUUGCCUUUUUACGUAAAGGUGCUGAGCUGUCAUCUGGAAUUUCUUCAUUUGCAUGUUGGCGUGUGUAUGAUAUUGAUAACAAGUGUUUAUGGUGGCUUACCGACAGGGAUUAUAUCGACGAACGACAGGAAGAAGUAAAUCGGCUCCUAUACAGAACGAGGCUAGAAAUGCAUGCUGCAGUGCAGUCUGGUGGUCACUCACCUAAACGGCUAAAUGUUCCAUCAGCUUCCCAGCAGUUGAAGGCUAGUUCAGAUGGUGCACAAAAUUGUGGUCCAUCCAAAGGGAAGAAGAGGGACAGAGUUGAGCAAGGAAUUGAUCCAGCUAAGCGAGACCGUGAUUGCCUCCUUAAGGACGAUGACACUGAGCCUGGAAACUUUAAGGGGGACAAUAUGAAGUUGGUAAUCGCAAAAAUAACAGAAAAGAGUGGACUUCCUCAUGCUGAAGCAGUCGAGAAGCUAGUUCAUUUCAUCCAUCACGAUCAAACUGAACGGAAAAUGGACUUUGCCGAUCGAGUAAGGCUUGCAGAUAUUAUCGCAGCUACAGAAAGUCCUGAUUGCCUAAACAGAUUUAUGCAACUAAGGGGUCUUCCUGUCUUGAAUGAUUGGCUUCAAGAGACUCACAAAGGGAAGUCUGGUGAAGGGGGUAGUCCUAAAGAUACUGAUAAGCCUAUUGAAGAUCUUAUACUGGCCCUGCUUCGUGCACUAGCAAAAUUGCCUAUCAGUCUAACCGCCUUACAAAGUUGCAGUAUUGGGAAAUCUGUAAAUCAUCUGCGUAGCCAUAAAAAUCCGGAGAUACAGAAAAAGGCUAAGUGUCUUGUUGAGAACUGGAAGAAACGUGUUGAUGCUGAAAUGAAGUCGACUGAUGCAAAACCUGUACUAUCAGGUCCAGCUAUUUCCUGGUCUGGGAAAGCGGUGUUUCCAGAAAUUUCCAGUGCAGGAAAUGGACGAAGUGGCUCAAGUGAACCCAGUCCAAGAAAUCCGCUGUCUCAACUUUCUUCACCAAAGGCUUUGAGUGCUAAACCUGGUACUGCUGAUGCUGCUGCGAAGUCAAAUCCUUUCACGUCUGCCUCUUCAAAAUUGCAACACAUUCAACCAGCAAAUGUUACAACCAACUUGAAGGAUCCACCCUGCAAUUCAGCUGGUGGGACCUGUGGCCCUGAUUUUCCUUCAGUGAAAGAGGAGAAAAGUUGCAGUUCAAGCCAAUCACUUAAUAACAGUCAGUCAUGCUCUAGUGAUCAUGGAAAAACAGUUGGUCCUAUGAAGGACGACGCACGGAGGUCAACUGCUGCUUCUGCUAAUGCCAGUAAAAUCUCUGGAAGCUCUGCACGUGGCCAUCGGAGGUCAAACAAUGGGCUUGUGAAGAAGGAAGUUGGAUUCCAGAAGGAAGCUGCUUUGGGAAGAUCCAGUCCACUUGACCGCUCUUUAUUGCAGGAAAGAUCUUCACAAUCUGGUAUGGCAUGUGAGAAAGGAGGUGAGACACUGUCAGAUCAUGUCAAUAGUCACAGAUUGAUUGUUCGGUUUCCAAAUCCAGGUCGUAGCCCUGGUAGGAGCACAAUUGGGGCCUCCUGUGAGGACCCAUCAAUUUCUGGAAGUAGAGCUUCAUCUCCCGUGCUUGCAGAUAAGCAUGAACAGAAUGACCGUAGAGUGAAAAUGAAGACUGAACAUUCUCGACCUCAUUUAGGUUCUGAUGCUAAUGCUGAGCCUGCACGAAGCAAUCAUAUUGAAGGAGCUACAGGUUCGGAGGAAGGUGAUAAAUCAUCUUGUGGUGUGUUGGAUGGUGAUUGCAGCAGGACAGCUGAAGAAGCUGGUAAGGAUGCAUCUGCAUCACAAGGUCCAUGUUCACUAUAUGUGAAUGAAAAAGACAUCUGCAUAGGUGAAACCACGGUGAGGAACUCGUUCAACCCUUUGAAUGCUUUGAUUGAAAUCAAGUAUUCUGAAGCUAGUCAUUCCAUGCAAGCUGGAGAUGAUACAGCAAUGAAUCUUCUUGCCAGUGUUGCCGGAGAAGUAUCUAGAUCUGAAUUGGUUAUGCCAUCCACUUCACCUGGAAAACCACCUGUAAAUGAACUCGGCUGUGAAGGUAAAAGUAUUGGGAAGCUAGAAGUAGAAUGUGAUGCGGGCCCGUCACAGCACUCAGGGCCGUCAGAUGACGUUGAGAAGGACAUAUCUGAGAAAGAAGACAAAAGCAAUGUUUCUUUUGUUGCAAAGGAAGAACAACACCUUAGGGACUCUGGAACUAACUCAUCGUCACAUGGCAGUAAAGGCGCAACAUCUACUAGGCCAUCUCCUUUGCCUGGAAUUGAUUCUAAAGCCGUUGAAUCUUCAGCUAAUACUGGAAGCCAUGAAGUUGAGUGUGCAAACAAAUGUUCUCAUAUACCCUCUUCAGUCGAUUCACUUGGUGGUGGUGAUCAGAAGUCAAGUGUCAGACAACCAGCUGAUAUUAAGAUUGAUACACAGUUCAGUAGGAGUUCAUCUGUAAGUGAACCUAGGAAUGCAGUAACUGUCCGUGAAAAAGUUGAAGAUGGUUCUGUUUCUAGUUCUGAUCAGAAGCAUCUUCUUGUUCUACCAGAUCAUUUAAAGAUCAAUGAUAGAUCUACUGACAGUACGGCUGGUAAAUUUGUUUCGAAGCCUUCAUUGUUAUCUUCGAAUGAGGACGUAAAAAAUGCUGAUGGUCUGGUUGUUAAAGUGCCAAAAGAGGAUGAGAAGAAGGAACAACCUUGUUCCACUUCAGCUGAUGUUACCAGACUAGUUCUGCCGGCAGUAUUGCCCCCUGGUCCAGCAAAUGGGAAUGGUAUGGUUGAAGAAUCAAAAGGCAGUUCAAGUGAACUCAGUAGUCAUGUAAAACCUCGAGCUCUGACAUCUCCGGAUAAUGAGCAUAGUGCAAGGCAAAGUUCAAAGAAACUGUGUGAUGAUGUGGGUGGAAAAGAGGACCUUGUCUCGUCAGAUGAGGGUUCUUCUGUAGCUGCCAAGGCCAAGUCCAAUGGUACAGCUAAGCUUGAUUUUGAUUUGAAUGAACUUGGGGAUGAAGGGAAUCACUCUGGACCAGCUACUUUUCCUGUUAUAUGCUCUUCUUCAAUUCAUUUACCUGGUCUUUCUCCAUUCGUCUCACCUAUUUCAAGUGGUCUGCCUGCCGCAAUUACAGUAGCUGCUCCAGCUAAAGGACCUUUUGUUCCUCCUGAGAACCUACUAAGAGUGAAGCCUGAUGCUGGAUGGAAAGGCUCGGCAGCUACAAGUGCAUUUCGCCCGGCGGAACCACGAAAGGUUUUGGGGAUGUUUCUCACUGCACCUGAUACUGCAGUAUCUGAUAAUGCAGGCAAGCAGUCUCGCCCAGCGUUUGACAUUGAUCUGAACGUAGCAGAUGACCAGGUUCUCGAGGAUGAUAUCUCACAGAGUUCUGCUCAGACAAUUGGUUCUGAAUCUGGCAACAGCAGAAGUCUCAAUGGUCGUGUACAAAGUGCUGGCAUUGAACUUGAUUUGAAUAGGGCUGAUGAAGUUGCAGAGAAUAGCCAAUUUAUGUCAAAUGCUUCCCACAGAAUUGAAGUCACGUUGUUGCCAGCAAGACCUUUGCCAGGAGUUCCCUCGAAUACUGGUACAAAUAGCUCGAGAAACUUCUUUGAUCUUAAUAAUGGGCCAUGCCUUGAUGAAGCCAGUGCAGAACUUGCACAAAGGAGCCUAUCGUCUAAAAGUUCUAGCAGUAUACCGUUCCUACCUCAAGUUCCUGGUGUUAGAAUGAGCAGUGCUGAAAUGAGCAACAUGUCACCAUGGUUUGGGUCUGCCAACUCAUGUGCUCCUGUAGCUGUACAGUCAUUUUUGCCUGCUAGAGCAGAACAGCCUUACCCAAUUGAUACAGCACCUGGAACCCAGAGGUUCAUUGCGCCUGCUGCAGAUGGUGGCCAGUUUAGAAGUGAUUUCUGCAGGGCUCCAGUUAUUUCCACAUCACCCACCAUGGUGUUUCACUCUCCUGCAUAUCAAUAUGCAGGAUUUCCUUUCACUCCAAGUGUUCACCUUCCAACUACAGGGUUUCCCAUGGGAUCUACAUCAUAUGCCAAUGCUGCACCUGCAGGAGUUCCAUAUUUUCCAACCAUUGUUCCAUCACAUGUUGGGUCAACAGGUGUUUUACCUGUCCAGCAUGCAAGGCAGUAUGCAAUGAACCUUACUGAAGGUACCAGCAGGGAUGGACAUGACAGCAAUUGGAAAUGGAGAAGACAGGGGCUUGAUCUUAAUUCUGGCCCUGGAAGUAUAGAUGUAGAAGGGAAGGAUGAACGAUUAGCUUUAUUGAGCAGACCAAAUGUGGUGACACCUCCACCAGCCUUUGUGGAGGAGCAAACAAGAAUGUACCAAAUGCCAGGUGUAGGAAUAAAGAGGAAGGAACCUGAAGGUAGUUGGGAUGCUGAAAGAUCAUCGUCAUACAAGCAAUUAUCAUGGCAGUAAGAUCCUUAAGGAGAUCUCACAGUGACAUCAGUGUCUUGUGAACUUUGGCAAAUGCAUGUGGAAGUCAGGCAUUGUUUCACACCCCGUGUCCGUGCUAGGAUAUACAACUCACUGAUUGAUUCAUCCCUGUGAUUAUGUGAAUUGUGAGAGGAAUGGAAUUCUGCUGUAAUUGCUGUAAAUGUUAGUCAUAUCCGUACUUUCCUGGAAACAGUUUUCCUCAGCUUCAGCACUUGCGUAGCUAGAGUUUUGUAUCUGCCAAGGCUUUGGAGAUUGAAUGGUAGUGAUCUUUGGCAUCGCCAAACAUCUGGAGCCGCUGUAAUUAUUUUUGGUUGUUUUGUUUUGAGUUUCUCGCGAUAAACUAUUUUGACACUCUUGACUACAUCUGCAGCUUAACAUAUGAUUUAGAUGUGAUAA